CAGGCGUUAUGUCGAGAGCGGGGGCUGUGUUGGUUGUACUUCUAGCAAGCUACGUCGCAUAUUGCCUCAUCGAUACAUUUGACCCGGAGACUGUUCGCGGUAAGACGGUAUUAGUGACUGGGUCUUCUUCUGGUAUUGGAGAACAACUGGCCUAUCACUAUGCACGGCUUGGCGCCAAUGUGGUGGUCACUGGACGCAGGGAGAACCUGCUGAAGAAGGUGGUUGCAAGGUGUAAUGAAUUAAGUGGAAAACAAGUACACAAAUAUGUAGUGGCUGAUAUGAAUAGGAUGGACGAAGUAGAAAAGUUCACAGAGUCCACCUUUAAUGGAAAGCUAGACGUCCUCAUGCUGAACCAUGGCUAUAAUGAACUACUAGAGUUGUGGACAGGGCACCAAGACAACUUGACCAUGCAUGAAAGGGUGAUGAAUACCAACUUCAUGUCUCACGUCUUUCUGGCGUCUCGCCUCAUGCCGCUCCUGGAGAAGAGCUCGGGAAGGAUAGGGGUGACCUCCUCUAUUCUGGGUGUUAUUCCGAUGCCGUUUGUAGCGAGCUAUUCAUCGUCGAAGCACGCCCUGAGUAGUUUUUUCUCAGCUCUUCGCAUGGACCUGGUCUUACAGGGGUCCAGUGUUUCAAUUACAAACGGAAUCGUCGGCUCCACGGCAACAGAGAGACACGUAUCAGAACUGAAAAAGUAUAUUGGCAGGCCCGAUAUUCCUUUCGCAACGGGGACUCCGGAAGAUGUUGCCAUGGCCUUGCUGAAAGCCACUAUGCUUAGACAGUCCGAGGUUUUCGCACCCUGGCUGCCGGCACUAAGUUUUAUACGUAUUUUGAGGGUUAUAGCUCCAGAUCUAGCCGACUAUGUGAUUCGUUACGGUGAACAGUCCUUGCGACAGGGCAAUUAAAAUAGUUCGUGCAUAUGUUUGUCUGUGAUAUGUAUGCGUGUGUGUUUGACUGCUUAGCGGUAUGUGUGAGUAUGUGCGUGCAUGUGUGUGUGCAUGCAUGCGUGUUUGCUUGUAGUGUGUGGUUUAUGUGCGGGUGUGGUGGGUAGGUAUGUUAAGAUACUUCAUAUGAUAUUACCACUUCAUACGUGCGCGUUUGCUUCACGGUGUAACGAACCGUUAUGUACCUCGUACAACAAAGUCAAGGGAUCUUUUAAACGGGAGUCUUUUUACUGUUAGACCACAAAAUGACGACCCAAAAUAGAAAAAAUAUAGUCUCCAACGCAAUCACCAAUCUUAGAGAAAGUCACAUAGUCACAAAAGGCUAUUUCCAAUAAAAUAUCCACAAAAUAAAUUGCAUUGUCAUCCUGAUAUAGGUUUAACUCGCAUCAGUAUUAAAUAUGGUGACAAUUUCUGUGGAUGCCUAUAGGUGGGUUGGAUUUUACCAAUGUGAUAAAACUGACCUCAGGGGAUGGUCCGUUACCUCCUAUCAAAGGAUUGCUUGCUUCGACACUAUUAGCAGCUGGAUGCGGACCUGAGGCAGAUAAAGCGGUCUUCAAGAAACGGCAGUGUGUUAGUUGGGAUUCUGCUAGCACAAUGGUUCUCGUCCAAACCGCCGUCUGUGAUGUGUGCUCCACAGUUUUUUGACAGUACGGGUGAAAAUGUCCAUACAGCUUUAAUGUAUUCCUUUAAUACCUCUUAAGACACGUUUUCUAUAAAGUUGUUUUUAAAAUUGCUUUGAAACUGUUUUGUUAAGUUACAUGUAAUUUUAAACGGAUUAAAGAACAUACACUGUUAAUAUACAUUCUGGGUUGAUAAUUUAUUGACACUCACGUGAUAUACACGUGGAUUUGACAAUCAUAAACAGUAACACUAAAUAUACUACAGUACUUCAAAGUUUGGUUUUCUAAGAUAACU